AAAAAAAAGUUCAAAGGGGAUAAAAUAAUCUUCUAAAAAGAAAAGGAGAAAGGAACGAGAGCCAAGAACCUAAAGUAGUUCUAUCCAGAUUUCGUGCAGGGGAAAGAAACACAUGAAAGAAAGCAAAAAAAAACACCACCAACUAAUUUCAUUGGAAUUUUGUGGGAGGUGGAGGGAGCAGAUUGGUCUCUUUGACUCUCCUUGUGCGAGAGAUUGACUUGGGAUUUGUUGAGUUGGCAACUUUGCUUGGCUCUGCACGGACCAACGCCGACGACGACCGCCGGAGCCGCCGCAUCUAGCUCGCCGCCCCGCCAUGCAGCCGCUGCUCAAGGUGUACGCCGACCGCCGGUCGCAGCCCAGCCGGGCCAUAAUCAUCUUCUGCAGAGUGAACCGGAUCGAUUUCGAGGAGGUCACGGUGGAUCUGUUCAAGCGCGAGCACCUGUCCCCUGAAUUCAAGAAGAUAAACCCAAUGGGACAGGUGCCAGCAAUCGUUGAUGGGCGAUUCAGAUUGUUUGAGAGCCAUGCCAUUCUGAGGUAUCUUGCAACGGUGUUCCCUGGAGUUGCAGAUCACUGGUAUCCUGCAGACCUGUUCACCAGAGCCAAACUUGAGGCCAUCUUGGAUUGGCAUCAUUCAAAUUUGCGUCGUGGUGCAGCAACCUUCAUACUGAACACCGUGUUGGCUCCUUCUCUUGGACUUCCGUCAAGCCCUCAGGCUGCAAAAGAGGCAGAGAAAGUACUGUUCCGGUCCCUGGGACUGAUUGAAUCUAUGUGGCUCAAAGGCAACGCAAAGUUCUUACUGGGCAAUCCUCAGCUAUCAAUCGCAGAUCUUAGCCUUGUUUGUGAAAUAAUGCAAUUGGAGGUCCUCGGUGAUAGUGAACGCGACCGGAUUCUUGGACCUCAUGAGAAAAUCCGCAGUUGGGUUCAGAAUGUGAAGAAAGCCACAAGCCCUCAUUUUGAUGAAGUCCAUGAGCUCAUUUUCAAGAUGAAGGAACGUAUGGCUGCAAAGCGCCAAUCUGAGCCGAGCAAAGACUUGAAGACAGCAUCAAAGCUCUGAGGGUACCCGUACUACUCUCGUAUAUAGCAGCAGUGUCCAUGAUGAACAAAAGGAAAGCAAUAAUCGAAGGAAAAGAAGGAAGAACAAGAAAGUUAUAUAUCUUGUCUUUUUUUUUAAAAAAAAUGAUUUGUGGUAAAUUUGGAGGAGAUUAUGCUUGACUAUUCCAAUUUGUAACAUUGCAUAGGAACAAAAGUGGUGUUUAAAGCAUUGACAAUUCAAUUUACUGUUCUAAUUUGUAACAUUGCAGAGUUUUUUCAAUAAAACAAACUGUGGUGUUUGAAGCA